AACAGGUAAGAUAKUAACUGAUCAGAACUCCAAACACGUCUGAACCAACCUAUCCUGUCGAGACCUGCAGAGAAAAGCUGCUGUCUGGACAUUUUCUUAUUCUAAUUGAAAGAACACUCCGCCUCCUUGUCUCCCAACCUACCUGCCUCCUACAUGCACUCAUCUGGGGAUGUGGUGGGCCAUGUGCUCACAUACUUCUGAAUGAGGAACACACUUCCAGGASCACAGAGUAUGUUGCCCUGUCACACUUGUAAUUGUGUUUUAGGGGUCCGUUUGAGCUGAAGAUGAGAGCUGAGGAUGGACGGGGCAGAACCAGCCCUUCUGUGGGUGUUGCUGUGUGAAAUCACCUUAAGGAUUUUUCUGGAGUGAUUGAGAUUUUAACAACUUUAAAGACCCGAGGAUGACGGGCCAGGUGGCGAAGAGAGACCGGUCCCCCAACAGCCUGUCGGUGAAGACCACCCUGGAGGAGGAGACCGAGAGAGCGGAGGUGGCUCUGAGCAGGGUCCCAUCCCUCUGUGAUGACACGUCCUCGGAGCUGCAGAGGAUUGCAGAUCUCGAUCCAAAUGGACGUAAUUCAAGAAACUCUCUCCAAAGGAUUGGAGCUAUCUCAAGAAUGGUGAACCUGGUGGUGAGGCUGAGGGAAUGGGCUCACAGGAGUCUGAUGGAGGAGGAGGAGAGACCUGACUCCUUCCUGGAACGCUUUCGUGGCCCUGAACUGAGAACRGCCCCGAGUCGCAACAGCAACACCCAACCAGAUGUCAACGGCAACAAUGCCAAGGGGAUCUUUAGGAAAAAGUGGGAUUUGUUUGUGGUGUCUCCGUCUGAUGACAUGUACUACCGCUGGUUAUUUGUCAUUGCCAUGGCGGUGCUCUACAACUGGUUCAUCGUUGUUGCGAGGUCAUGUUUUGACCAGUUACAGCUGGAUAAUUACAUCUGCUGGCUGGUGCUGGACUACCUGUCUGACACUGUCUACUUACUGGACACUUGUGUUCGACUUCGCACAGGUUUCCUGGAACAGGGUCUGCUAGUGAAGGACCACACCAAGCUAAGAGACAGCUACGUCCGAACGUUACAGUUCAAGCUGGAUGUGUUGUCCAUCCUUCCCACUGACCUGGUCUACAUCCACACCGGCAUCCACACGCCUCAGCUUAGGUUCAACCGUCUGCUGCGCUUCCCACGCAUGUUUGAGUUCUUCGACCGCACGGAGACGCGCAUCAACUACCCCAACAUUUUCCGCAUCUGCAACCUGGUGCUUUACAUCCUGGUCAUCAUCCACUGGAACGCCUGCAUCUACUACGCCAUAUCAAAGUCUUUGGGCUUCGGCUCGGACACUUGGGUGUUCCCGAACAUCUCCAUACCCGAGUACGCCUCUCUGUCCAGGAGCUACAUCUACUGCCUGUACUGGUCCACUCUCACUCUCACCACCAUCGGAGAGAUGCCGCCGCCCGUGCAGGACGAAGAGUACCUGUUUGUGGUCUUCGACUUUCUCGUUGGAGUGCUGAUCUUCGCGACGAUCGUGGGAAACGUGGGUUCYAUGAUCGCCAACAUGAACGCCACCCGCGCCGAGUUCCAAGCUCGAAUCGACGCCAUCAAACACUACAUGCACUUCCGGAAGGUGAGCAGGGAGCUGGAGACCCGRGUCAUUAAAUGGUUCGACUACCUCUGGAUGAACAAGAAGGCCGUGGACGAGCAGGAGGUGUUGAAGAACCUGCCCAACAAACUGCGGGCUGAGAUCGCCAUCAACGUACACCUGGACACGCUGAAGAAAGUCCGAAUCUUYCAGGACUGCGAGGCGGGGCUGCUGGUGGAGCUUGUGCUUAAACUACGCCCGCAGGUUUUCAGUCCAGGAGACUACAUCUGCCGGAAAGGAGACAUCGGUAAGGAGAUGUAUAUCAUUAAAGAAGGGAAGCUGGCUGUGGUGGCCGACGAUGGGGUCACGCAGUACGCUCUCCUCACUGCUGGCAGCUGCUUUGGAGAAAUCAGCAUUUUGAACAUUAAAGGCAGUAAAAUGGGGAAUCGUCGGACAGCCAACAUCCGCAGCCUGGGGUACUCCGACCUCUUCUGCCUCUCCAAGGAUGACCUGAUGGAGGCGGUGACCGAGUACCCGGACGCCAAGACGGUGCUGGAGGACAGGGGGCGGGAGAUCCUGAAGAAGGAGGGUCUUCUGGAUGAGAACGCAGAGAGGGGUGGGCUGCAGAAGGAGGACACGGAGGAGAAGGUGGAGAGGCUGGAGUCCUCUCUGGACACCCUGCAGACUCGUUUCUCCCGUCUCCUCAGUGAAUACACAGACACCCAGCAGAGGCUGAAGCAGCGCAUCACUCUGCUGGAGCGGCAGCUGAGUCAAACGGACUGCGGCGCAGGGGCGAGCAAGCGCCUGAGAGCAGAGAUGAGCACCGAAUCUGGACCUGAGGGGUCCCCAGACGGGUCGCCGUAUCGGAAAGAUGCGCAAACACAGAACAAAGCAAGUCCAAAGUAAAAAAAUAAAAUAAAAAAUCUGAAUCUUUUUACACUUUUUGGAUUUUUAUUGAGAAAUAUUUCUCAGUUUGAAARAGUAAAAAGAUAUUUGAAUUACUUUCAUUGGAAAAAGGAAGUCCCGCCUCUUUCUUUUGUGCCACUACGCCAUUGUUCAUUGAAUAAAAUGAAGCCAAACUGUGUGAAAAACUUACUUCAUAUUUUAACACUUUAUCUUGUAGACUCACAAAUAAAACUUGAAGUUCUCUGUAUGACUAGUCUCUCAUGUUGUUGGGAAUUAAUGUUAACCCAUUCUCCUUUAGAGUUGCUUCAGCUCUUUGAGAUUUGUAAACAUUUGUUUCUGUGUAUCUCUUUAAAUCCCACUGAAGCAUCAGUUGGGUUGAGGUCUGGACUUCGACCAGAACGUUGGAAACCUUUUUUUUUUUGUCACUCUGUUGUAGAUUUGACGCUGCGUUUAGGGGGGUUGUCCCUUUUCAUGACCCAGUUUAUCUKACAGAUAGCCUCACAUUUAACUAACUCAAUUUUUAUACCAAAACCAAAACAAGAUCGUGGAUACAGGCAGUUGAAAGGAGUUUUCUGAGCAGGGUAGAUGGACUCUACCUCAGAGACAGGGUGAGAAGUUCAGUCCUGGAUGCCUCCUUAGGGAGGUGCUUCAGGCAUGUCCAACUGGGAGGAGACUCUGUGGACCCAGGACACGAUGGAGAGACUAUAUCUCUCAAAUGGCCUGGGAACGCCUUGGAAUCCUCCCUGAAGAGCUCAAAGAGGUGACUGUGGAGAGGUCUGGACCUUCCUGAUCAAGCUGCUGCUGCUGAAACCUGAAACAGAAUAAGCUGAAGAGGAUGGAUGGAUGGAUGGAUGGAUGGAUGGAUGGAUGGAUGGAUGGAUGGAUGAUUUUAUACAGGAGUUCAAGUUCGACUCAGUGACUGCAAGGUGCCCAAACCAUCACCCCUCCACCACUGUGCUUGGCAGAUGAAGUGUUUGUGCAUUGUUGUGCUUAUGUUUUGUUUGUUUGUUUGUUUGUUUGUUUGUUUGUUUGUUUGAAACGUAGUUGCACAUUAUGGGUAAACAUCUCUACUUUAGUGGCAUCUUUCAAAAAGAAAAUGUUCCAGAAGUCUUGUGGUUCAUCCAGUUGUGCUAUCAUGUUCUUGUGGACAGCUUGUUCCGGUGAACCUUCCAAACAACCCCUACAGCUUUUUUUAAAUUGUUUUGUCAUGAACUUUAAUCUUUAAUCGGUUUACUGAGGCCUGUAGAGUCUGAGAUUGAGUUAUCUGGGGUUUUUGCAAUUUCUUAGAAUUGUGAGGUCUAACCUUUGGUUGAAUUUGUUUAAUAAUUAAUGACUUAGUGGAAUCUGUUGUCUGUUUUUACAUUUCGUUAGAUUUACAUAUUUUAGAACCUGGUCAUGAAUAGUUCAUUUUUAUUAUGUUCUUGAGGCUGGACUUCCUCUUUUUUAUGAUUGUAAGAAUAUGUUUUUAUGAAAACAACUAUCACAGUCACAAACAAUAAGUUAAAUGGCUAUUUAAAGGGUGACUUUAAUGUUUUUACCUUCAUUAAGCAGAAUAAAGUCAUUAAUGGUGGGAAAACCUACAAGUAAAGUUUGAAUGCAACUUAAAUAAACAGAGCUACGGUAGACGAAAUGGUGCAGUAAGGUUUGGAGUCACCUGUGUUUACAGUGUUUGUGUGCAUCAGCAGAGGGAUUCAGUUCCCUCUUCAUGUCAUACAUUAUGCUCUGGUUCCGUACACACGACUCCCGCUGCCACUCCUGGGAGCAAAACAUCUAAUGAGACGUUCACACAAUUAUUUUCCAAGUUAGAGCUGCGUAAACACAGAGCGUCUAUCAAAAUGGAGUUCGUUAAUUUUUUUUUUCUUCCAAACUCCUACUGCUGGGGGAUGUUUAAAGUUGGUGCCAUAAAAUAUAUAUAUAUAUAUAUUUACAUAUUUUCUGCAAAAACCCUUUUUAUGGUUUAAAAUUGUAUGUUGCUUUUGUUCUUUUAAAUGUAAGCAUGGGUUGCAGAGAAUAUCUUUUGUUUUAGUGACAGAAAUGAACUUGUAAUAAAAUUUGUGAGCUCUUG